AUGAUCUCACAAAAUUUUUAUAAAUUACUUUCUCUUAUCAAAACACAUCCAAUUUUUAAUACAAAUAGUAACAAACAACAGGCUGAUGUAUUUUUACAAUUAGCUGUAUUCUUAUGUAGAUUAGCAAGUAAAGGUGAUAUAUUUACUAUUUGUGCUUUAUUUGGUAUAGCAGAGGGUUUUAGGGAUAUUGGUGAUUUUCAAAAUGUAGUUAGUGUAAUUAAUGGAACUCACAUAAUAUUAAUUAAUAAACCUCCUAAAGAUUCUGAA